GGGGAGAUGGCAAAGGUCCAGAGGACCAACACAAUAAGAUGUGGAGGAGACUUGACCAUCAACCAAAAAUCAAAGCCAGGGCUAGCUCUCAGGCAACCCAGGGCAAGGCUUCGGCCCGGCAGCCUGCCAUGGCACAUCCCCUGGGGCUCUCAGAGUCCCAGAGCUGCCUGGUAUUAGAGGACAUCAGCCAUUAUGUCAAGGAAAUGGGGGCCCAACUGGUAAGGAAAGUCAACACCGUCUUCCAGCUGGACAUCACCAGAGAUGGGAAGAUAGCUGUGCAGUGGACCAUUGACCUGAAGAAUGGGCCCGGGGACGUGUAUCCUGGGCCCGCGAGGCUCCCUGCUGACGCCACCUUCACAAUCCCCGAGCCGGUCUUCAUGGAGUUAGCUCUGGGCAAGAUGAACCCACAGAAGGCUUUCCUGGCGGGCAAGUUCAAAGUGAGCGGGAAAGUUCUGCUUGGCCAGAAGCUGGAGAGAAUUUUCAAAGACUGGGCUAAAUUUUAAGCAUGUGAAAAAAAAAAAAAAAAGAAAAAGAAGAGAAACAAAAUGAAACGGACCGCCAAAGAAACGAUCAGACCUCUCCGGUUAUAAUGCCUUUGGAAAAAUCAUGCUUCGAUGGAAGAUUAAAGUCAAAAGUAUCCAAUAUUUUUACUCAAAUUCUUCCUAUUCAAGCUUGAUUACUUUUCCUGCUGAUGCAUGCACUUACAGCGGGCGUUCUGCAGCAGUAAAGCAUUUGGAAUGCA